AUGCCUUUCGUCCAAGAUUUCAAGCCAGAAGCCCUUGCUGACACCAACUUGUUCAAGCCAAUCAAGAUUGGUAACUGUGAACUAAAACACAGAGCUGUCUUCCCUCCAUUAACUAGAAUGAGAGCUUCUCAUCCAGGUAAUGUCCCAAACAAGGACUGGGCUGCUGAAUACUACAGUCAACGUUCUCAAGUUCCAGGUACCAUGUUGAUCACUGAAGGUGCUUUCAUCUCUGCUCAAGCUGGUGGUUACGAUAAUGCUCCAGGUAUCUGGUCUGAUGCUCAAGUCGCUGAAUGGAAGAAGAUCUUCGCUAAGAUUCACGAAAACAAAUCCUUCGUCUGGGUUCAAUUAUGGAACUUAGGUAGACAAUCAUACGCUGAUACUUUGGCUAGAGAUGGUCUACGUUACGAUUCUGCCUCUGAUGGUGUCUACAUGGAUGAUGAAUCCAAGGAAAGAGCUGAAAAGUCUAAGAACCCACAACACGGUAUUACCAAGGAUGAAAUCAAGCAAUACAUCAAGGAAUACGUUCAAGCUGCUAAAAACUCCUUGGCUGCUGGUGCCGAUGGUGUUGAAAUUCACUCUGCUAACGGUUACUUGCUAAACCAAUUUUUGGAUCCAAAGUCUAACCACAGAACUGAUGAAUACGGUGGAUCCAUUGAAAACAGAUCUAGAUUCACUCUAGAAGUUGUUGACGCUUUGAUCGACGCUGUCGGUGAAGACAAGGUCGGUAUCAGAUUCUCUCCUUAUGGUACUUUCGGUAACUUGUCUGGUGGUGCUGAACCAUUGAUUGUUGCCCAAUACGCUCACGUUAUCGGUGAAUUAGAAAAGAGAGCUAGAGGUGGUAAGCGUUUAGCUUACUUGCAUUUGGUUGAACCUCGUGUUACCAAUCCAUUCUUAACUGAAGGUGCUGGUGAAUACGAGGACGGUACCAACGACUUCGCUUACUCCAUCUGGAAGGGUCCAAUCAUUAGAGCCGGUAACUUAGCUCUACAUCCAGAAGUCUCUAGAGAAUUCGUUAAGGACGACAGAACUUUGUUGGCUUACGGUAGAUACUGGAUUGCUAACCCAGAUUUGGUUACUAGAUUAGAAAAGGGUCUACCUUUAAACAAGUACAACAGAGACUUGUUUUACGCUAUGACUUCCGAAGGUUAUUUGGAUUACCCAACUUACGAUGAAGCUGUCAAGAUGGGUUGGGACAAGCAAUAG